UAUGGGAGAUUUGCGCCAAGCUUGAUGAAGUUAAACGCACUUUGAGCGACUAUGAUGCCACCAAGAAGAAGCUUGCCUGCGAAAAUGCUGAUCUCAUUCGUCAGCUGGAGGAGGCUGAGAGCCAGGUCAGCCAGCUUUCCAGAGUCAAGCUCUCUCUUACGAAUCAGCUCGAUGACACCAGGAAACUCUCUGAAGAAGAGGGCAGGGCACGUGCCACACUCCUUGGUAAGUUCCGCAACUUGGAACACGACAUUCAGACUCUUUCGUCAACAACUUGAUGAGGAGAACGAAGCCAAAGGGGAUGUUCUGCGCAUGCUCUCCAAGGCCAAUGCCGAGGCUCUCAUGUGGCGCUCCAAGUACGAGUCUGAGGGCGUUGCCCGCGCAGAGGAAAUUGAGGCUGCGCGCAUGAAGCUCGCAGCUCGUCUCGAGGAAGCCGAAAUGCAGAUUGAGUCUCUCAAUGUUAAAAAUUUGCAUCUGGAGAAGACCAAGAUGCGUGCCGCUGCUGAGCUGGAUGACCUCCAAGUUGCUGCUGAACGUGCACAGACUCUGGCCAACUCUGCUGAGAAGAAACAGAAGAACUUUGAUAAGAUCAUCUCCGAGUGGAAGCUGAAGGUCGAAGACCUUGCUGCUGAGUUUGAUGCUUCUCAGAAGGAAUGCCGCAACUACGCCACCGAACACUUCCGACUGAAGGCUGCCAAUGAUGAAAACAUUGAACAACUCGAUGCUAUACGCCGCGAGAACAAGAAUCUUAAUGAUGAAAUCAGAGAUUUGAUGGACCAGAUCGGUGAGGGCGGCCGAGCGUACCAUGAGGCUCAGAAGAACGCCAAGCGCCUUGAACUUGAGAAGGAAGAGCUUCAGGCUGCUCUUGAGGAAGCCGAGGCUGCCCUAGAACAAGAGGAGAACAAGGUCCUCCGAACACAGCUUGAGCUCAGCCAGGUCAGGCAAGAGAUUGACAGGCGUGUUCAAGAGAAGGAGGAGGAAUUCGACAACACUCGUAAGUGUCACCAAAGGGCUCUUGAUUCCAUGCAAGCUUCUCUUGAGGUUGAAGCCAAGGGUAAGGCCGAGGCUCUUCGCAUAAAGAAAAAGCUCGAGUCCGAUAUUAACGAGCUUGAAAUUGCCCUUGACCACGCCAAUAAGGCCAAUUCUGAUCUUCAAAAACACUACAAGAAGAUCCAGGAUGAAAUAAAGAGUAUGGAGUCCCGUGUUAAGGAAGAGCAACGUCUUGCCUCCGGGUACCGCGAGCAGUAUGGUAUUGCCGAACGCCGUUUCAACGCCCUCUACGGUGAGCUGCAAGAAUCCCGAACUCUCCUGGAACAGUCUGACCGCGGUCGUCGUCAUGCUGAGACUGAGCUCAACGAUGCACGCGAACAGAUCAACAACCUCACCACCCAGAAUGCUGCUCUCACUGCCUCCAAAAGGAAACUUGAGGGUGAAAUGCAGACCCUGCAGGCUGACCUUGAGGAGAUGCUCAGCGAAGCCAAGAACUCUGAGGAGAAGGCGAAGAAGGCCAUGCUAGAUGCUGCUCGCCUUGCUGAUGAGCUCCGUUCUGAACAAGAGCACGCCACUAACCAAGAGAAGAUGCGUAAGGCCUUGGAAGGUACCGUCAAGGAUCUCCAGACCCGUCUUGAGGAAAGUGAGGCCGCUGCCCUUAAGACUGGUAAGAAGGCUGUCAGCGAUCUUGAAGCUCGCAUUCGCGAACUCGAGGCUUCCCUGGACGAUGAGACCCGUCGUCACGCUGAUGCCCAGAAGAACCUGAGGAAGUGCGAGAGGCGCAUCAAGGAGCUCGCCUUCCAGACUGACGAGGACAAGAAGAAACCACGACAGGAUGCAGGACCUCGUCGAUAAGCUCCAGCAGAAGAUCAAGACCUAC